GCAGUGAAUUAUCUGAAUCCAAGCUGAAACUUUUAUUUCCUCAAUGAAACCUGUUCUGACAUGUCUUACACUGAAUUGGAACAUGGUUAUCAGGGUCUACGGAAUGCCAGUCGACCAAUUUUCUAUGUAGGGGAUUUAAAUACAGUACAACCAAAUCUUGUGGGUCCUGUGGCCUCUUCUAUAUAUCGUUCUUCCAAAAGAGCAAUAGUGCAUACGACUUACUGGGCCGAGCUGUCGGACGGGUGUAGCAAUGAUGAUGGAUGCAUGGGUGGAAGCGAUUUGGAAGGGGAAGGGAAGCAAGUUUUGGUUGGAGUCUGUGCGAUGGCAAAGAAGUCCCAAAGUAAACCGAUGAAGGAGAUUUUAACCAGAUUAGAGGAGUUCGAGUACAUUAAAAUAGUAGUGUUCCCUGAAGAAGUUAUUUUAAAAGAAUCCGUAGAAGAUUGGCCUGUCGUUGAUUGUUUAAUAAGUUUUCACAGCAAAGGUUUUCCUCUUGACAAAGCUAUUAGUUAUGCUAAUCUUCGAAAUCCGUUUAUUAUCAAUAACUUACCGAUGCAAUAUGAUAUCCAGGAUCGUAGGAGGGUUUAUGCUAUUCUAGAGAGCGAGGGCAUUGAAAUCCCGAGAUACGCUGUCUUGGACAGGGAUUCAUCUGAUCCAAAACAUCAUGAAUUGGUUGAGUCAGAGGAUCAUGUGGAAGUGAAUGGUGUUACAUUUAAUAAACCGUUCGUAGAGAAACCGGUAUCGGCAGAGGAUCACAACAUUUAUAUUUAUUAUCCUACAUCCGCGGGUGGAGGUAGUCAAAGAUUAUUUAGAAAGAUAGGAAGUCGCAGCAGCGUGUAUUCGCCGGAAUCUCGAGUUCGCAAGACGGGUUCGUAUAUCUACGAAGACUUCAUGCCGACCGAUGGAACAGAUGUGAAAGUGUACACCGUGGGUCCAGAUUACGCUCACGCAGAGGCGAGAAAGAGCCCGGCGUUGGAUGGUAAAGUGGAGAGAGACUCCGAAGGGAAAGAGAUUCGAUAUCCGGUUAUAUUGAGCAACGCCGAGAAGUUGAUCAGCAGGAAAGUCUGUUUGGCAUUCAAGCAGACUGUCUGCGGCUUUGAUCUCCUUAGAGCAAACGGUCAGUCGUUCGUUUGCGAUGUGAAUGGGUUCAGCUUCGUGAAGAAUUCAAACAAAUAUUAUGAUGAUUGCGCGAAAAUUCUGGGAAAUAUGAUUUUGAGGGAAUUGGCACCUACUUUGCAUAUACCAUGGAGCGUUCCUUUUCAACUGGACGACCCACCUAUCGUCCCGACUACGUUUGGAAAGAUGAUGGAGUUGCGAUGCGUUGUUGCUGUCAUAAGACACGGCGAUCGAACGCCGAAGCAGAAAAUGAAAGUCGAAGUUCGCCAUCCGAAGUUUUUCGAGAUAUUCGCGAAAUACGAUGGAUAUAAACACGGUCAUAUCAAAUUGAAGAGGCCGAAGCAGCUGCAGGAAAUAUUGGAUACCGCGCGUAGUUUGUUAGCCGAGAUACAGCAUCGUGCCGCUGGUCCGGAAUUGGAAGAGAAACAAGGCAAAUUGGAACAACUGAAAAGUGUCUUGGAAAUGUAUGGCCAUUUCUCUGGUAUAAAUCGCAAAGUGCAGAUGAAAUAUCAACCGAGAGGGCGGCCCAGAGGAAGUUCGUCAGAUGAUGAUCGACUCGGCGAGCCUUCGUUGGUCUUGAUACUGAAAUGGGGCGGAGAAUUAACGCCAGCUGGUCGCAUACAAGCGGAGGAGCUGGGGCGAAUAUUUCGCUGCAUGUACCCUGGUGGUCAAGGUAGACACCUUAGUGAGGAAGACUCAGAGAUGUUACCAAACCACGGUGAUUACGCCGGAGCGCAAGGCUUGGGAUUACUCAGGCUGCACUCCACGUUCCGACACGAUUUAAAGAUCUAUGCGAGCGACGAAGGGAGGGUCCAGAUGACUGCAGCUGCGUUCGCGAAGGGUUUGCUUGCACUGGAAGGCGAGUUGACCCCGAUACUGGUGCAGAUGGUGAAGAGCGCAAAUACCAACGGGCUAUUGGACAACGAUUGCGACAGUAGUAAAUAUCAGAACAUGGUGAAGACACGGCUUCACGAAUUGUUGCAACAGGACCGGGAUUUCACGCCUGAGGACAGGGAGCAGAUAAAUCCUGGCAAUGCGUUAAGUAUAAACGCUGCGCUGGAUUUUGUGAAGAACCCAGUUCGCUGCUGCCAGCACGUUCACACGUUAAUACAAAAACUGAUGGAUAUCGUUCGCACUAAGAAGGACGAUCCGAAGACCAAAGACGCGAUUCUUUAUCACGGUGAAACAUGGGAGCUGAUGGGUCGCCGAUGGGGAAAGAUCGAAAAGGACUUUUGUCAAAAGAACAAGAGAUUCGAUAUAUCGAAGAUCCCAGAUAUCUAUGAUUGCAUAAAGUACGAUUUGCAACACAACAACCACACACUGCAGUUCGAGCACGCGGAGGAGCUUUACAUAUAUUCGAAGUACUUAGCGGAUAUCGUCAUACCACAGGAAUACGGGUUAACGGUGCAAGAGAAGCUCACAAUCGGGCAAGGCAUUUGCACCCCACUUUUAAAGAAGAUAAAAGCAGACUUGCAAAGGAAUAUUGAAGAAUCAGAGGAAACGGUGAAUAGACUGAAUCCUAGAUACUCUCACGGUGUCUCGAGUCCCGGUAGACACGUGCGUACAAGGCUUUAUUUUACAAGCGAAAGCCACGUACAUUCUUUAUUAACCGUUCUACGUUACGGUGGCUUACUUGAUGUCAUAAAAGACGAGCAGUGGCGCCGGGCCAUGGAAUACGUCAGCAUGGUCUCCGAACUGAAUUAUAUGUCCCAGAUUGUGGUCAUGCUGUAUGAGGAUCCGACCAAGGAUCCAAGCAGUGAGGAACGUUUCCACGUCGAACUGCAUUUCAGUCCUGGCGUAAAUUGCUGCGUGCAGAAGAAUUUACCACCAGGUCCCGGUUUCAGGCCCCACUCGCGCAACGAAAGUAGCCACAACGUGGGUGAAAGCGGUGGUUCUGCUCAAGACACGAUUUCACAAUGCAGCACCCGGAUAGAAGAAGAAGACGUCGAACUGGGGAUCCUGGAAGACGAUUUCAUGACUCCACUGAAGGCUGAUACAUCUCCGCCACCGGUGGAAACGGAUGUUGCGGAUGGAACGAUGGACAGUCCUAUGAACAGCAGAGCUGUGGAUAUGAUGGACUUAGAUCCAAACAUGAUGGAUGAACCGUUCGACAGUGGGUUUUUACAAAGCUCGGCGCCAAUUCCAAUAAGUGCGAGGACCGUGGCUGGUCACGAAGCAGCGAGGCUUGGUAGCCAGUUGGCAGCGAGUCAACGUCAACGGCGCGACACGGAGAGAGGAAACAGCGUCGAACCGCGUGCUCGCAGCUACGAUCACCAGAGGCAAGACAAGUCCGAGAAAGCUGCGGACAAGCUGCAGUAUCAGAGCUUGGACGCGGUCAACAAGGAAGAAAAGCAUGGAACUGAACAAUGCUACGUAGAAAGAUCUGGCCUGUCGUCACUGAGCGUGCCGAUCACGGGAUUAUCGCAUUCGUACAGUUCACCGGAGUUUCCGGUCCCUACGGUAGACACCCCUACGUACUCGACCCCUCUGGUAACGCUGCACACAUCCCCCCUAGUGUCUCCGAGCAACAGGGCCACCUUCGGGUUCGACGCGACCAGUCUAACGUUUCCGGUCCCCACGAUCCGUUCUUCGUUUCUCGAUACCGAUCUUGUGCCGAUCGUCGCCGAUCCGCCCUCUCAGAGUAAGAAAUACGGCCGGUCUCAUUCGGAGUUGACCCUCCCUGGGAUCGAGCACAGCGGUGAGUUGACCGAUUCCGCGAGACCACCGCCGAGCGAUCCAAACUGGCCAAAGCAUUCCCUAUCUUCGUUAUCCUUGCACGAAAGUAUCCCGGUCCCCGCGGCCGUUCGUCCUCUAUUCCUCGACGAUCUCGACACGCAAGGCAGCAAGAGAUAUACACGUUCCCGGUCGGAGACGGUUCUCCGUGGUAUCGACGAUCCGACGGCACUGACCAAGCGAUAUCCGUUCUCGUUGCCACUGUCGCUCCGGUUCAAUCCAGAGAAACGAUCCCGCUCGUUGUCACCCUACCUCGCCAAGUGCCUCUGCUACAACUGCAACGUAUCCGAGCUGAUCCUCAGGAGCAGGGAGCUUCCGCCCGUCGAGCGUUCCAACUUCGACGUCUACUUCGCCCGCUCGCUAUCGCACAAGUUCUUCAACUGUUCCUGUUACUCGUCGCCGCGGUUCGAGUCCCCGCGUCGAUUCGUCAUACCCUCGUCCCUCGCCUGCGUUGGAAACAGACUCCCCGAGGAACAGAGCGACCUUGUCCAUUAUCCGGAUUCGAAUUCUCGUUCGGUGAGCUUCGAUCGGAGCGAGCUAUCUGUGGACAAAGGGAACUUUAUGAGGCGGUCCUUCAGCGGAGGGAACGUGAUCGAGGGUAUUGCCAAGUGUUCAUUAGACAAGAAGACCUCUUGUCCUUGUCUGAGGUCGUAUUCGUGGCUCGAUUCGGUUAGCUCGAACGCGAGCUCGAACGGUAUCUCGAGGAUGUGCAGGCGUUGGUCUUGUCCGAACGUGAAUCUCCUUCGGUGGGACGGUAGCCUGGUUGACGCGCCAGAUCGUAGUGUUACGCUUAUUCAUACGCACGAUAAUAACGACGAUCACGUUAAUAUCACCACCGCCGCAACCCCCGACAACUACCACCACCACCGCAACAAGUAUAAUAACCACCGCUCCAAGUGUCCAUGUGCACCGUUCUCCCGUCUCCAGCCUCAACGAUCCUUCUCGUCCCCAGACACACGACCUUCGAUCAUUCAACCUGACCCUACCUGCACAGCAAGGCGCCACCGUCACAGUAUCUCCGGACAGAUGAGUUAUUUCAAGCUGUUGGGCUACAACAUCAACAAGAAGCUGACCGGGUCCGCGAACAGCCUGUUCAGCACGGCCGUGAUCAGCGGCUCGUCCAGCGCGCCGAAUCUCAAAGACAUGGUCCCGCCGCACGCUUCUGCCGUUGCCGCGAUAGAAGGUUUCGGAGGGGUGCCACCGAUCAGGCCUCUGGAAACUCUUCACAACGCGCUGUCGCUACGUCAAUUGGAUGCAUUCCUGGACAUAAUGACCAGCGUGCCUCUAUUUCGUACGCCUGCCUCCUCGCCACCGAAAUAUCCUUCCCCGGGAGGAUCGACCCACGAGUCAGUCAACCAAAAUCUCAACAUCCGUGGUAUCGGUCCUGAAUACAACGCUUCCGAUUUGGAAGCCGUCAGGUAUCGUGAGAAAUUAAGUAAACCGUGCUUGUAUAUUUCGCCGACUCCAAUACAGUACAAACCACCAAUCGACGGAGAAUCUUGUGAUAUAAGGAACCAGUUAUCGCCUACCAGUCCAAAUAGUACUGGAUGGAGCAGCGAACCACAGUCGUUCCUCUCUUCUGAACCUUCGUCACCUGCCCCCACCUCGACGGGAGAGUGUAGCAUGUCCAUAAGUUUAAUCAGCAAUGAUGGAGCACAAUUAUUCAACACUCCGAAAUUCCCCACGACUCCUUGCCUGGAUGUGGAUUUCAACGAGUUCUGUAUAAACAUGGAUCAAGAGCAUCGGGAGGGCCGUGGCAGCGUGUCAUACACGGAUUAUUACAGCAACGAGGACGGUCAAAUACGAAAAUUCGACAUGGGAUUCAAUAGUAAUUUACAAAAAAUCAUGUGCACGGACGACUUACCGGCGGAUAAUAUGGACGACGACGAAGAUCACACGAUAACUUUGAAACAAACGGAGGAACAGAAGAAACAGGACGUUAAGGAGAUAUUCGAGCAGAAAGAGAAUCCAUGCAGCAAGUCUAGCGGUAGUUACAAGAAAAUUGGGAGAUUCCUCGUCGAGAGCAUGGAUAUAUCCGAUGAGGACGUGCGAAUUAAAGAAUUGGAUAGCGCGAACAAGGCAAAGUCGAACCCCCAGAGGACCGAGACGCCGAAUACAGAAAAGUUUUUGAGAAACAGGGAACAGGGCAAGAAAAAGAAUUUCUCUCGAUCGCAGAGCGUGUCCAUGCCUAAAACUCCAAUGCAGAAGGCCGAUAUGAAUUACAGUUACAGAUGUACCACUAAACUGAGCUCUUUGUCGAACAUGUCGGAUAAAGAUUUGGAGGACUGGAAACAAAGUAUGGUAGAGUCAACGGAUGUUACGUCGAAGGAGACAACAUCGGAGCAACCAAUCCUGACCGUGGCAAGUAGCAUGACGAGUAGCUCUAGCGUAACGAUAGGUUUCAAUGUACAAGAAGAAAGCAAAGAGGAAUCCGAUCCGUGAGAGUAAGGUCGCUCUCUUUCCAAUAAAUUUCCAGAGUUUAUCUAUCGAGUCGAUUCUCUUUCAAGGAGAAAUUCACGAAACGCAACGAUAUUAUUGAAAAUGAAUGUCAAUGUUGAACAUGGGCAUUUAAUAAUUAAAUUAAGAUUUAGUAUAAAAUAUGUCUAUAUGUAUUAUCCGCAUCUUUUUAAGGGAAUCGACUUUCUCCUCGCAAAAAGCGGUACCACGCAUUGUUGUUAAAAUUGUUCAACGAUAUAAACGAAUCAAAUCAUUGUUGAAUCUUCUUGAUUUUCUAUUGAGAUCUGUUACGUGUAAAUACGAAAGCGGAUAUGCUUUUUUUAUUUCUAGACGUCCUAAAACGAAUCUAAAUCCUGCUAAUAACAUUCCUUCAAUAGCGUACUUACUGUGAGAGUGUACCUACAUAUUUUAAUUGUCUUCUUUUUUUUAAUUUACGUUUUAUCAGUACGACAGUAUUCUGUAGAUAUUGUGCAAUAUUGAUACGCGGUUAGAAUGUAAGAGAAAAUGAACCUUGAGUCUAGAGAAGCUUAUAUCGGAGGAAAAAGACAUUUAAAAAUUGAUUAUUCCAUUUUAGUUAAUCUAUCCUCUAUUCUCUUAAUUGAACACUGAUAUUGUGCAUAAAAUAAAUCGGCGAAAAUGAGAUAGAUUUUAUUUGUAUAAACAUGAAUCUCCUGAAGGGUUUUUCUUUACAUUCGCUCAUUAAAUAGCUAAUUAAAUAUUCAAUUUAGGCGUGAGGGACUGAUUAGAAUUAAUUACGAUGAUACAAGUUUCUCGUGACUCAACGAGUUCUAACGAAUACCUCAUUUCAACCGAAUGCGAAUAAAGGAAAGAGAUUUAAAAGUUCCUCUAAUGCUGAACGGUUUUCAAUUAUUUACUCAUUGAAAGGCUGUGGAAUUUUAUGCACAAUGAACUUUCAACAGUCUGCCUUUAAAAAAAUCAGAUGAUUCCUUAUGAUUUUGCUUUUAAUAUUUUUAUAUCCUCUUUAUGUGUAUUAAUUAUUCUAUAAAUGCAAAUAUUCCACAGCCUAUUAAUUAUCAUUUCGAAUUUUCUCUUUGUGAAAAGGCAAGAUACUGAAAUGAACAAAACAGUUUUAAUAAAUGUAAAAACGCUGUAGAAUACGAAACGUUAACUCAUCCUGCAACUAGUUCCAUAAUAUUUUGCAAAUUGAAUGUGAAUUUUCAUAGCAUUUAUUAAAUAAUCCGGUUAAUCGAAAAAUAUGUGGGUUCCUAGCAAUAUGAAAACUGAUAAAUAGUCGUGAAUUAAUUAAUUAAAUAAUUCAAUUUGGUUCUUAAGCCUUAAACAAUUGAUUUGCAAUUCGAGUUGCUGCAUGCGUAGUGAAACAAAGCAGCGGAUUUAACAGUUCUCUACUUUGCGUGCCUUUUGCAUACGAGAAGCAGUAUUUUUCAUGUUACAAGCGAGUGCUAGUUGGAGAGAUAUACACGUUUUAGCUGCUACGCACCAAUAAUCUACUCGAGGAAGCGUUUAAUAUUUUUCUAACGCGUUUUUAUUUCUAGUGAGAGUAAACUUAAGUGGAAACCCAGCAGAUUAUACUGCGCUACGUACUUUACGCUUUCAUUUUACGAAAUUGUUAAAAGUAUGAACUUUUACUAAGUAAAAUAUGAGUCUUACUUAGUAAAAACAAAGAGGAAUAGAUUUCUAUUUAAAAGAAGGCGUAGUACGUGGACAGUACAAGUGUGCAGGUUCUCGAUAAUUCAAGUUCGAAUCGGACCGGGAAUUUUCAUCCCGAAAGAGCAUUUUCACAUUAUCCGAAUUUCGGUACUCAACUUUUAGCGUCCGGAAUAAUACUUAUUUCCAGCGACACUUUCUUUAGUUACUAUUCAUUUAUUAUAUCGCUAGAUUAUACACGUGAUUCAUUUCGUGUCGUGGAAAAUUAAUAUUAAACCGGACGUGAACAUGUUUUUAGUCAGACAUAAAAAACCGACCGGUGAAAUUUGAAUAAUGUGGAAAAGUUCUGAGGCUUGGAUAUCUACAAUUUCCAGUACCAGAAAUAUCGUUACAGCCACGAGAACUCUGGGAUUCGUGGACUACUUUAAUGUUCCGAUUAUUUAAUACCGCCGUACAUUUUAUCCGACAUAAAAGAUUGAACAUAUCUUUAGUUCAAUUCAGCUUAGAAAAUAAUAAUUAUUGAAUAAUGGUUGAUUUUACUAAUUGUAAGACGAGUAACCGAUAAGUAGAAGUUUCGACUGCAAAUUCGGGUACUCGAAAUUGCGGGUAUCGGAAUGUGAGCUUACAAAUUUUCGGGAUCCCAAUCGGAUUCGACUUGAUCAGUGUCCAAGCCGAUCCAAGGGUCGGGCACCUGAAACUUUGGGUUCCCUGAAUAGAAGAAUUUAUAGGUGUUUUACAAGGCGACAUACUAAGCUCUUAGAUAAAUUUCUUUUAUAUUUAGGUUUUGUUGGUAUGAAAACAAUUUUACUUUCGAUCUGGCAUUUAUUAUGAUUAAAGAGAUUUCUUUAUUUUACUUUAAUAAUUACAUUUUAUUUCAGUAUUGCAAUUUGAUACCAAUGUAACGGUGAUAACACUGUUAGGUGCUCUCGUUAAGAAUGGUAAAAUUGUAAAAAGAACCGUGUAGAAUAUAUUAUAUGUCUGUAUGUACAAAUUGUCUGAUUACAA